AUGCAGCGGUGGCCAGUGCUGCUCUUCCUGGCCUGGGUUUGCUUUCUCUUUUUUGCUGGUAUCGGGCUAUUCAUGAGUGGCUUCCUACUCACCCGGAUUGAGCUUGCCAGCAGCAGUUCCUGCUCAGACCCGCUUGUGCCACCACCCUGGGAGAGGCAGAACCUGCCCCCAGGCUCCUGUUGGGCACCCCAACGCUUUUCCAAGGCUGUGCUUGUCAUCAUCGAUGCCCUCAGUUUCGAGUUUGCCCACUUUAACCCAGCCAAGGCCAGCCCACUGCCCUACGAGAACAAGCUGAGUUUCCUGCACUACCUCACAACCUCCCAGCCUCACCAUGCCCGCCUCUACCGCUUCCGAGCCGAUCCCCCCACGGCAACCAUGCAGCGCAUCAAGGGCCUCACCACUACUGGCUCGCUGCCCACUUUCAUCGACGUGGGCAGCAACUUUGCCACCUACGCGAUCCAGGAGGACAACCUGCUGGCACAGCUGGUGCAGAACGGAAGGAGAGUGGUCUUCAUGGGUGAUGACACUUGGGAAGGACUCUUCCCAAAGAAGUUUUUCCGCUCAUAUUUCUUCCCGUCUUUUAACGUGAAGGAUCUUCACACCGUGGACAAUGGGAUCCUGCAGCAUCUUUAUCCUGCAGUGGACAGUGGUGAAUGGGAUGUGCUGAUUGCUCACUUCCUUGGCGUGGACCACUGUGGACACAAACACGGACCUGACCAUCCCGAAAUGGCUAAGAAGCUCACCCAGAUGAAUGAGAUGCUCAGGGCCUUGGUGGAUCACCUGGGGAAUGACACCCUUCUUCUGGUGGCUGGUGACCAUGGCAUGACGGAGACCGGAGACCAUGGCGGUGACAGUGAGAAGGAAGUGAAUGCAGCGCUGUUUGUGUACAGCAGAAGACCCCUAUUUGCCACUGGCCCUCCAGAGGAGCCUGAGGCCAUUCCCCAGGUGAACCUGGUGCCCACUGUGGCCCUGCUGCUGGGUGUGCCCAUCCCCUACAGUAACAUUGGGGAGGUGAUGGCUGAGCUGUUCUCCGGGGACAGUGACACUGUGUCUGCAGCCUUGCAGCAGCUUUCGGUCUAUCACAUCAACGCCAAGCAGGUGAACCGCUUCCUGCACUCCUACUCGCUGGUGGCGCGGGCCCUGCCAGCAGAGCAGCUCCAGCGCCUGCAGCAGCUUUUCUCCGGGGCCGUGGAGGAGCACACUCAGCUUUUGGCCCAGGUGCAGGGGGCGACGCUGGUGCCCCCAGAGCUGGAGUCCAGGCUGGGAAGCCUCAUCAGUCGCUUCCAGCUGUACCUGCGAGAGGCACGGGCUGUGUGCACCCAGUCCUGGGCCCGCUUCCAUCCCCUGCGUAUGGUGGGGGGCUGCACCCUUAUUGCUGCUUCCUGCUUGCUCUGCUACAUGGCCUCAGAGCUGGCCACAUUAUCGGACUCUUUCUAUCGCAGCUGCCUCCUGUACCCACUGCUUUGGGGAUCUGGGGUGGCUGUUCUGCUUGGGCUGGCCCAUGCGUUUACCCAGGAGGGGCUGGAUCUACUCUUGAUGUUGUCAUGUGCAGCCGCUGCUUCUCAGCUGGGUUUUUUCUGGCACUGGUGGGGCCGGCAUCCCAAGCGAGCCCGUUUGGCGGGCAGUCAGCCACCCUUGGCCAGCGUUGGCCUGAGGCAGAGGCUGCGCGCCCGGGUGGCCCCCUUCCUGCUGGCCUCGCUGGUGAUGUUGCUAGUAGGGAAGCUCCACUGGGACGGUCGCCUGACUAUGCCAGAAGGCCCCAAGCAGCAGCUCCUUGGCUUUUCUUCUUACCGGAGAGAGAUCUGGUACCUGCUGUGCCUCGUGGCCAUGCUCCUGGUCUGCGUGCGCCUCUCCGGUUUCUUCCACCAGUGCCGUGAAGAAAUCCCUCAGUGCCGGCCCUCUCUUUUCCUCUCCCCGCUUGCCAGCCUGAGAAACACACGGGCCAAGAACCUCUUCUACCUCCUGUGCGUGGCCUUGCUGGCUGGGCUGGUCUAUGCAGUGCGGAGCUGGCUGCGACACUACGGCAACCUGAACAGCUCGGACCCCCUUGUGCUCUUUGUGCGCUGGGGUUUCCCACUGGUCGUCCUCUGCAUUGCCUGCUACUGGGCCGUUGCCUCCAGCGCUGAGGACUCUCUGGGCAAGCUGCAGGAGCUGGUGCAGGUGGCAGUUGUUGCCUUUCCGUGGGCUGUCUAUGGACUAGCAUCCGUGGGACUGUUGCUCCUGCUGUGCAAUCCCAUGACUGUGUUCGCAAAGGACACGCGGGAAUCAUCAGGAUCCAUUGUCACUCCUUACUUGGGCGUUCCCAGCUCUGAAGUCGACUUCCUCCACGUCAUCCCUCAGAUCUACAAGAGGAUGCAGGAGUCUCAGAAUUGCUUCGUGGAGCGGGGCAGCUGCAGGGCCACUGUUGCAGCGUAUGGGCUGGGCAGCGUGUACUCAGCAGCCUUGGUCAUAGCACUCACCUUGCUGGGCUUCCUCUUGAUGCUUCUGCACAGUGAGCGGCUGAGUCUUGCCUUCCUGCUCCUCUUCCUGGAGGCCUUUCUGCUGCUGCACAUCCACACGCGUGCCAGAGGCCUUGCUGGAGAUGCUGAGCCUUUUUCGGUGCCCUGGUAUGCAGUUAUCUCCUGGCUCCUUGCUGCUUCCCAGUUCUUCUAUUCCACAGGGCACCAACCCAUCUUUCCGGCCAUCCACUGGAAUGCAGCCUUUGUGGGCUUCCACCUUGACCACAGCACAAACCUCCUGCCUGCUGUCCUGGUGGGCGCCAACACCUUUGCCUCCCAUAUCCUCUUUGCAGUUGGCUGCCCUCUGCUCCUGCUUUGGCCCUUUGUGUGUGAGAUGCCCAGCUCGCAGAGGAGGAAGCCGAAAAAGGAGCCCCGGGAGGAGCUGCAGGAGGUGGAGAAGCACAUGAUGGAGAUGAGGCUGCGGGAGUCCCCAGAGAAGUUCUCCACUGCUCUGCUGCAGCUGGGGCUGAAGUACUUCUUUGUCCUUGGGACACAGCUUCUGGCCUGUGUUUGUGCAGCUAUGGUCCUCAGGAGGCACCUCAUGGUGUGGAAGGUCUUUGCCCCAAAGUUCCUCUUUGAGUCGCUGGGCUUCGUGGUGAGCAGCAUCUGCCUCCUCCUGGGGAUCUCUCUGGUGAUGCGUGUGGACUGUGCCGUCAGCACCUGGUUCAGCAAGCUUCAGCUCAGGUAG